AUGUCAGCUUUUAAUGGGACAAAUGUACAUCCUUCCUGCUUCUUCCUUCUUGGCAUUCCAGGGUUAGAGAAUGUCCACAUCUGGAUAUCUAUCCCUUUCUGCUUGGUGUAUGUGUUGGCUGUUUUGGGGAACUGUACCUUGCUUUUCAUUAUCAAAAGUGACCCCAAUCUGCAUGAACCCAUGUUUCUCUUCCUUUCCAUGCUCUCUGUGGCAGAUUUGAUGCUUACAACCACCACUAUGCCCAAGAUUCUGAGCCUUUUUUGGUUCAAUGAUAGGGAGAUAUACUUUGAAGCAUGCCUCACCCAGGUUUUUCUCAUUCAUGCUCUAUCUAACAUUGAAUCUGGAAUCAUCCUGGCCAUGGCCUUUGAUCGCUAUGUGGCCAUCUGCAAUCCACUUAGACACUCAACCAUUCUAACCUAUGCAGUAAUCCAGAGGUUAGGGUUGGUCAUUGUCCUUCGUGGACUUGUGUUACUUGGCCCUCACCCUUUCAUGCUUAAAUGGCUUCCCUACUGUAGGACUAAUAUUAUCCCCCAUACCUACUGUGAAUUUAUGGCACUGAUCAAGCUGGCCUGUGCCCCAACCAAGAUCUACAGAGCUUACAGCCUCUUUGUUGCCUUUAUCACAGCAGGACUUGAUUUCAUAAUAAUUAUAUGUUCCUAUAUCCUCAUUCUUCGUACUGUAUUUCGCCUACCCUCGAAUGAUGCUAGACUUAAAACAUUAAGUACCUGUGGCUCACAUGUGUGGGUCAUAUUAAUUUCUUAUACUCCUGCCUUCUUCUCCUUUCUCACUCACAGAUUUGGACAUCAUAUUGCUCCUUCUCUCCAUAUUUUUGUGGCCAAUAUCUAUGUCCUUGUUCCACCCAUGGUAAACCCUAUUAUUUAUGGAGUCAAGACCAAGCAGAUUCGGGAAAGAUUCAUACGAAUCUUUACAGAUAAAAAUCCCUGA